GACCCGCCCAUCCGCCGCCACUGCCUGAGCCUGGUCAGGUGUUCGUUUUCCAGCGACAUAAACUUUCCAUUUGGAAAACUGAUUUGAUUUCCUGACCGGACAAACACGCCAUGCUACGGAGGAUACUUCAAAUGACUCCUGGGAAGGGGGGCUCCCAGAACGCAGAGCCAGAGCAGCCCAGCACAGACCUGAACCAUGACCAGACAUCAGAGGGCUUCAUCUGUCCUCAGUGCAUGAAGUCUCACAACUCUGCAGAGGAGCUCUUCAAACACUAUGAGCUAUUCCACGACACCGGAGACCUGCCAGCUCAUGUGGCCCCGACUCGGGAAGACCUCACAAUGCUACGGCAGGAAGUUCAGGACCUGCACGCUUCUCUUAAGGAGGAAAGAUGGUUCUCUGGAGAGCUGAAGAAAGAGUUAGACAAAGUCCAGGGACACCUGAAGCAAAAUGAUGGGCAGACAGGCUCCGAGGAUUCAGCCCUGGAGAGGAAGUUAAAUGAAGCAGAGACAGAAAAGUUCAACAUCAAGCAGAUGAAAGACCUUUUUGAGCAGAAGGCUGCACAGCUGGCUACCGAGAUAGUAGAUUUAAAGUCCCGCUAUGAUGAGGAGAAGAGCCUGAGGGAGGCUGCUGACCAGAGGCUGGCCAAACUGAGCGAGCAGCUCCAGAAAGAGAAGCAGGAGAACGAAAGACUUCAAACAGAACUGCUGCAGCGACCAGGAGUGGAGGAUGUGGAGGUGCUACAAAAGGAACUGGUGCAGGUCCAGACGCUGAUGGACAGUAUGACUCGUGAGAGGGAGGAGGAGUCUGAACGGCUGAAAAACCACUAUGAGCAGCUGCAGAAGAAUUACACUACCUCAGAGUUGACCAUAUCCCAACUAAAAGCAGAGCUGGAGAAAGGUCCGCAGGAAGCAGCCGUCUACACGCAACAGAUCCACGAGCUGCAGAGCAACCUGAAUAAUCUGCAGCAGCAAAGCCAGAGCCUGUCUGAGAAGCUUGCACAUAAAGAGAAAGAGCACCAGGAGCUGGGGGAGCGCCUAGGAGCUGAGAAAGCAUCUAAGAAAGAAGUUCAAGACAGCUUGAGGGAGAGAGAGUCAGAGGUCCAGGAGCUUCAGACUCGAGCCUCAGGGGCUGAGGCCUCUCUGCAGAAGGCCCAGGCGGAGCUCAUAGAAAGGGCAGAGGAGGUCACCAAGUUGAAGAGUGAGAUCACGGAGCUGGAGGUGAAGCACGCCGAGCUGAAGGUGGAGAGGAAACAGUUGGAACAGCAAAGAGAAGAGAAAGAGAGCCAAGGGGCCCAGCAGCAGACAGAGAUUGGACAGCUGCACGCUAAGCUGCUGGAGGCAGAGAGGCAGCUGGGCGAGGUGCAGGGUCGACUGAAGGAACAGAGGCAGCUGUCAGGGGAGAAACUUAAGGAUCGGGAGCAGCAAGCAGCUGACCUGCAGCUGAAACUGUCCAGAGCUGAAGAACAGAUGAAGGAGAGUGCCAGUAAGAACACAGACCUGCAGCACCAGCUGGAGAAAGCAAAGCAGCAACACCAGGAGCUGCAGGCGCUGCAGCAAAACACCAACGGCAAACUCAGAGAGGCACAGAAUGACUUGGAACAGGUGCUGCGCCAGAUUGGAGAUAAGGACCAGAAGAUCCAGAAUCUGGAGGCUUUGCUGCAGAAGAGUAAGGACAUUGUGAGCCAGCUGGAAACCGAGAGAGAUGAUCUGUGUGCAAAGAUCCAGGCCGGGGAAGGAGAGACAGCGCUGCUCAAUCAGCUGAAGGAGAAAAAUCAUGCACUACAAGAACAGGUCACACAGUUGACAGACAAGCUAAAGAACCAAUCAGAAAGCAACAAGCAGGCCCAGGAUAACCUCCAUGAACAGGUCCAGGAGCAGAAGACACUGGUGCGUUCUGCCCAGGAUCGAGCCACCACCCUGGAGACUUCAGUCACUGAACUCACCACCCAACUGGCAGACAGCAAGGAGAAAGUAGCACAGCUGGACGCUCAACUGAAGGCAAAGACAGAGAUGCUGCUGUCUGCAGAGGCAGCAAGAGCUGCACAGAAGGCAAACCUUGAAAACAGCCUGGAGACGGCUCAGCAUGCAUUGCAGGACAAGCAGCAGGAGCUGAAUAAAGUCCAGAAGAAGGCGGAAGAGCAGGCCCAGAGGCUAAAGGAGAGACAGGAGCAGUGCACACAGCUGGAAUCAAGUCUGAAGGAGUGCAAAGACAAACUCAUGGCAUCAGAGCAGAGAAUAGAGCAGCUUGAGGGGCUCAAUAAGAAACUAGAGGCGCAGGUUGGAGAAUUGCAGACCACACGGGACCAGUUGCAGCAGGAAGUGCAGAAGCUUCAAAAAGAAGGAUUAGAGGUUAAAAAGAAAGCAAAGGAGCUGCAGCGCUCUCUGGAAACAGAGAAAGCAGGGGCUACAACACUACAAGAGGAAUUAAAGGCAAAAGCAGCCUCUCUGAGUGACAUUCAGCAACAGCUGGGCCGUAGUGAGCAGGACAAAGCUGCUCUGAAGGUGAAUCUGGACAAGAUGACUCAGGAGGCUAAGACUAAGCAUGCAGAGCUGGACAAGAAAGCCCAGAACCUGCAGGCAGAUUUACAAAAAGCACAGCAGGAGAAGGAGGCUCAAAGGAAGGACUUCACAUCGAUGCAGGAGAGUCUAACAAAGGUUAACAAGGCAUUAAAAGAGAACCAGAGUCAACUGGACACAGAGAGAAAGAACCACAAGUCAGCCAUGGGGGAGAAGGAAAAGUCUUAUGAAAAGGCCCGACAGGAGCUUCUAAAAAGUAACGAAGCCAUCACCAAGGAAAUGAAAGAAUCUAAAGAGCAGUUGGAGCAGAUGAAAGAGGCAGAGAAGAAGUUGAAGGUGCAGCUGACCACACUGGAGCAGCAGCACUCAAAGACGCAGGAGGUGCUGAAGGAAAAAGAGAAGGAGUUAGAGAAGUUGCAGGCACAACUUAAGACGACCCAGGGGUCCUUUGGGGAGGAGGUGAAGAAACUGAAUAGCAAAGUGAAAGAGUUACAGGAUGUUAAUGUCAAGAAGACAGAGGAGGAGACUAAACUGAGGGAGCAGGUGUCUCAAAGCAAGGAAAGCCUCACUAAGCUUCAGUCUGACUUCUACGGCAAGGAGUCUGAAGUGUCUGCCCUACGCCAAGACCUGAAGGCGUCAGAGGACAAGCUGAAGUUGUCUCAGGAGGAGCUGGCUGCUAACCGGACUCAUCAGACCAGUUUGGAGGCUCAGAUUCAGGAGCUGCAGACCAGCCGGGGCACAUUGGAGCAGGAGCUGGCUAAAAGAGACCAGAAGCUUCAGCAGCACGAACAAACGCUGAAGGACCUGCAGCAACAACAGGGUCAGGCAAAGGAGGCACUGGAGAAGGAGAGGAGAAACGUGGAGGAGCUAAACAAAGCCAAGACUGCACUAGAAAAGAAUAACACGAAGCUGAUGUCUGAAAUCAAAGCUCUAACAGAGAAGAGCGAAAAGGAGCUGGGUGAGUUAAGGGAAGCCAAACAGCUUUUGAUCCAGCAGAAGCUGGAGCUGCAGAGUCAAGUAGAGGCAGCACAGAAGAGCAUCGAGCAGGAGAAAAAGGAGCACCAGGCCACCAGGAACAGCCAGAGCCAGAGAGAGGAGCAGCUCAAGGCUAAAACAAAACAAGUGGAGGAUCAGCUGUGUGCAGAAAAGCGUGCUAGAGAAGAGCAGGUAAAGCGCGGGGAGGAGGCGGAGGCUAAGCUGAGCGUGCAGGUGACGGCUCUGAAUGAAAAUGUGGCCACGCUAAAGAGAGAGUGGCAGGGCAGCCAGCGGAGAGUUGGGGAGCUGGAGAAGCAGACGGACGAGCUGAGGGGAGAGAUCGCCGUGCUGGAGGCCACUGUGCAGAACAACCAGGACGAGAGGCGGGCUCUUCUUGAAAGGUGUGUCAAGGGUGAAGGAGAGAUUGAGAAACUGCAGGCCAAGGUGGUGGAGCUGAGGAGGAAGCUGGAUGACACGACUGCAGCUAUGCAGGAGCUGGGAAGAGAGAACCAGUCGUUACAGAUCAAGCAGUCGCAGUCUCUGACAAGGAAGUGGGCCGAGGAUCAUGAAGUGCAGAACUGUAUGGCCUGUGGGAAAGGCUUUUCUGUCACAGUCAGGAAGCACCACUGCAGACAUUGUGGAAACAUUUUCUGCGCUGAGUGUUCAGCCAAGAAUGCCCUCACGCCGUCCUCCAAAAAGCCCGUCCGUGUUUGUGAGACGUGCUUCGAGGAGCUCCAAGGAUGAUCACCACCUCUCAUCCCUUAACCCCCCCCCCAAACACACCUCUUCCCCUCCUUUUCCUCCUCCACCAGGCAGAAGGCGGCGUGUCUUUGUCAAAUUUCAUGUGCACUAUAAAGGACAGAGCCCAGUGCAAAGACUCCCACCUUUUUGGAACUCAUGGUUCUGGUGUGGAGGGAAAUAACUGGUUUUAAUGGAGCUGCACCAGAGCUGUGUGAUGGGAAUGUGGUGGGAUUGGUUGGGAUUUGUCUGUAUCUGUUUUUGUGCCUUUGCUUCUCCUGUGGACUGUCAGAGGGUGGAGACAGUGAGAACUAAACACCACCCAUCUCUCUUUGAGUUCACAUCUCCAUUGUUGUGUUGGCGUCAUGAAUGAGGCGGUUGCUUUGUAUGUUGUAAAUAUUUUUGCAUCAGAUGUGAGAAAGUGAACGGUCACUGUGACACUGUAAGAGUGAGGUGGGUAAUUAUUGUAAUAAUGAUUAAAAUCACUGCUGCCCCACAACGGUUCAUGCAGGGAACUAUAUUGUCAAAAAACAAGUAAAUUACUCCUCACUUAAAGCACCUGUGAGGAGUUUUUAACUGGUUAAAAACAGAUUGAUCUGUUAUCUCUAGCGCACUUAAUAGAGCAAAUGAAACUCUGAUUCACAAGACUGACUCUUUCUAUAUGCAUAUUUUAAUGCCUGAAACUGCCGGUGCAGAUGUCACUGUAGAAACAGCCUAGUACAUUUUCUAUACUUCUUUGCUUUAAAAGAGACUUAAAAAGAUGAUUACCCAGGUACAGGAGAAAAUCCCCUAAGGCUGGCCACACACAAGACAAUUUUAAGAUCUUAAAACCAUGGGACACCACAGAUAAUAGGCUUUCUCCACAUGUAGGCAGGUAUUUUUGAAAACUGGUAAAUUUUAUUGACUAAAACUAUGGCUGAAAAUGUUAGUUGACAUACUUGUUUUCCACAGGAAAGACAAGCCAUUGACUAGCCAAAAAAAAGUUAGAGCUAGACUGAUGGACAUUUAAAAUCCAUGAUAUUUCUCCACUGUGUAUAUCAGUAUAUUUUAAAUCAAUGUAAGUAUUGAUACUGCAUUGAUAUUAUUAUUGUACAGUUAUGUUAAUUUCUAAAUUUGGCUGAUUAAAUUAACCCAAAGGAAAAAAAUGCCUUGUCUAGAAGUAAAGACUCAGUAAAAUGAACAUUUUAAUCCAAAGACUAAGACUAAAUUUAAAAUAGCUGCUGAAAUGAUCACUGUUUAAGAAUCAUAGGAUUUCCUCCAUCAUUUAAAAAAAUAAUCUUGUCCACAUGUGCUGUGUUUAAAAUACAUCUUGAUCCACGUGAAAACAUAAAAAUGCUACAUGCUGUAAAAACAGACCAUUUCAAUAGUAGUGUGUCCUGCACUUUGCAGGCAAAGAAGCUCACUCACACAGCACACAAGUCCUUGAUGUGGAAAAAUGAUUAGUGGUAAUAAUUUUUUCUCUGUGUUAACAGUUACUAGUUUGCUCUUUUUAAUGUUAUUUAUAUUUGGUGGUGUGGCUGUUCUGGGAUCCCCCUGCCCUACCACAAGCCGAUGUGGAGAGCAUCAAGCAGUUACAGCACACGUUCCUGCUCUUCCUUUGCUUACAAGGAAAGCCUGAGGCAGGGCGAGAAGCAGCAAGAAACCCAGAGCAGAGCAGACAUCAGUGACAACAGAAUGACAUUGUUUAAGUUACA